AUGGACUCAUCAGGAUCUUCCUCAUCUAAUGCUGGACGUGUUAAUCGAACCAAGUUUUGUUACUGUGGCCUACCUGCACCAGUCAGAAAGUCGUGGACCAAUCAAAACCCCGGAAGAUUGUUUUAUGGCUGCGAUCGAUACCAGUACGAUAAAGGAGAAGUCGUUGGUUGGGCCAAGAGGUCACUCAUCGAAGCACGUGAUGAAAUUAAGAGGAAAACGAUAGAGAUCGAGCAAUUAAAGAAUGACCUAGCUACCUUACGCGACGAGCUUGUGAUUCUCGGGAAACAAAAAUCACCUCUUAACACCCAUGUUUUCAACUGGAAGGAUCUCAUCUUCAAAUGCUUCCGGGGCAAUUAG